CCCCCCUCUGUCAAUUGACCUCCCCCCUCGUCAUCCCCGCUCUUUCGCGCGCUUCUUCGACUUCCGCGAUGGCCGCCCCCAAGUCCGUCGCCAGGCUCGUCGCCUACUCUCGUCCUACAGCCUUCCCUCUCCGCUCUUCGCCCUUGGGAUCCAUCGCAAACUUCUCUUCCUCGGUGAACCGGGCAGCUACGCCAGCUGGUCCCCCCCAACCGGGCUUCCGUCUGCCCCCUCCGAAGAAAUGGGACGAAGGCACUGAGUCUUCUCUCGACAAGGCCGGAAAGUACUUCCUUAUGGCUGAGUUGUUGCGCGGCAUGUACGUCGUGCUGGAGCAGUUCUUCAGACCUCCUUACACCAUCUUCUACCCCUUCGAGAAGGGUCCCAUCUCCCCCCGUUUCCGUGGCGAACACGCUCUGCGUCGCUACCCCACCGGUGAAGAGCGCUGCAUUGCCUGCAAGCUCUGCGAGGCUAUCUGCCCGGCCCAGGCUAUCACCAUCGAGGCUGAGGAGCGUGAGGAUGGAAGCCGUCGCACGACGCGUUACGAUAUCGACAUGACCAAGUGCAUCUACUGCGGUUACUGCCAGGAGAGUUGCCCUGUCGAUGCUAUUGUUGAGACUUCCAACGCCGAAUAUGCCACCGAGACCCGUGAAGAGCUGCUGUACAACAAGGAGAAGCUUCUCGCCAACGGUGACAAGUGGGAGCCCGAAAUUGCUGCUGCUAUCAGAGCCGAUGCUCCUUACCGCUAAGCGGCACCUGUAUUUGCCAAUGAUGACACCGGACACGGUGUCCAUGUGACACUCCCCUUGAAAGAGAUGCGAGAAAAACAUGAUAUUAGAAAGAGAGUCUUUCCGACCUAGAAAGCCUGGCUUGUAGCCACUCCCAAUUAUCCCCCACGCUGUACAUAUCUCACGCCCACCCCCCUUCGCCUCCCUGAUUACCUUCUGUACUAGUCGGGUCUACCGGAAUUGAUCAGAUCGGCCACUCGAUUCCGGGUCUGGUUUUGUCUUUGAUGUUGAAGGAAAUCCUGCAUGUUGUGUUGUUUUUUUUACUCUUGUUUGUCUAGG